AGUUAUAAACAGUGUAUAAUAUGGAUUAGUAUUUGGUUUUGUUGUACAUAAUUAUAUUACUAACUAGUAUUAUAUAUACGGAAGAAGGAAAUAGUUUAUUUUAAAUUAAAUAAUUUCUGAAUUUAUUUGUUUGAGAUUUUAUGUACGUUCUUAUUUCAGAUUUAAAUAGAUUAUGAUCCGCGCGACAGAGCAGAUUUCUUUUUUUUUUAAAUAAUUGGAUGUUGUUUACUGUCAAGAGAGAUUUUAGCGGUAUAAAAUUAUUAAAACUAUUUUUUGUAGUUUAUCUUGCUAAUAAUUUGGUUCAUAUUAUAAUCAGUUUAAUUUUUUUUUUAUAAUUAUUUUAAGAAUUUACUUUCAAAUAAUAUGUUUUAACAUUAUUAUCUAAGUGUAUUUUAAUAUAUAUAUAUAUACUAUUUUAUUUUUUAUAAAUUAAAUAUGAAAUUUUAUAAUAAAUUAUUUAAUUUAAUUUUAGUUAGUUCAACUCCUCAGUAAUUUAUUUGAUUAACUGUAUGAUAUAUUUUAAUAAAAAUUUAAUUAUAAAGUUGAUUUGAUGUCAAUUUAUUUCAUUUUAUUUAUAUACAAUAUUUAAUGUAAUAUGAAAUUUUAUUUGAAUUUAAAUAGUCAUUUUUUAUUUAUGAAAAAUAAACACAAUAACCCAUUAUUUUAGUUAAUUUGAUAUUGAUUGAAUUUUUUUUGUAUUAUCUAUAUCUGCAAAAAUAAGUUAUCCUUAUUUUUAAUUUUUUCAUAAAUUAUUUGAAUGUUCUAAUUAGUUAUUUGAUUUAAAUAUUUGAAAGAAAAUUAUAAAAGUUACUCAGAAAUAAGACUUAGUGUUUUAUAUUGUUUGGACACAACAUCAAUUAUUGUGUUGUUUGGAAACAUAUAUACUAGUAUAAUAUUAUUUCCAUAGUUACUCUAUAAAAGAGUUCUGUAUUUUAUUUAAAAUGCUACAAAAAUAUGGUCCAAAUAAAUGUUUCUGUUUUUAAGAAAAAUCAACAGAUUUUGGGCUAAUUUAACAGAUAGAUUUGUAGGGGUUUUAAGAGUUCUCAUAAUUACAUAGUUUGUAAUGGGUAUUUUUUAUACCUUUAAAUGUUGUGAAAUUAUAUAUCAAAAUAUUUUAUUUUGUAAAAUUUUAGUUAAAAACUCGCAAUUAAAAACCGGAUAAAACUUGGUAAAAAACUUGAAAAUUUGUCAUUAACCCACAACUGACACUGGUUAACCAGAUAAAAAUCCAUUUGAAUGUGAUGAUAUUUUCUAAACAUUUAAUAAACCCUGAUAUACUUUUAAAUUUUUCAUAAAAUUACAUAAACUAAUUUAUUUGUAAUUCUUUAUUUUGAUAAAAACAAUUACUAUAAUUUAAAGAAAAUGGUGAUAAAAACUAAAAUUCAUUGUUAUAAUUCAAUAUCAUUUUAUUUUCGUUAUUGUUAAUCUAUUUAAAAUUUUGUCAAUUUUAUUUUCAAUAAAUUUUUAUUAGUUUUCUUUUCAAUAACUCUUGUUAAAAUUUAAUUUUAUAGUAAUUGUUAUUUACUCAUUUAUUAAUUUUAACUAAAGUCUUAAGGUGUUAGAAAAAUUAGUUAAUAAUAUUUUUUUUAUGAGAAGGUUAAAUUAAAUAAAAUAUUUAAGUAUUUAAUUAUAUUUUGUGAAAACAUGAAUUUUUUUAUAUUUAACUAUUUUAAUAUUAUAUACAUAUAUUAUAAUAUUUAAAAUUUAUUAAUGUAUUGAUCCGCAGUUCACCAUAAUCGAUCCAGUAAUCUGGUGAUCCAGAAAAUAAUCCGGCUCAGUGUUCGGAUCAGAUUAAAAACAAGAACAAAAGAUGUAUAUAAUGCAUGUUAUUAGGAUAAUGAAUUGGUCCAUGAUGCAGAUUGUUACUAAUAAAUAAUAAUGAAUAUAUGUUGAAUCACUAUAAUAUUUUAUAUCCAAAAUAUUUUAAAUUAUCUUAAUUAUCCAAAAAUUAUACGAAAAUUCAAAAAAAUUGACAUUAAUCCAAAACUCAAUUUUUUUUACCUUUUUAACCGAAUUAAUCAAAAAACCAGAACCGAAUGGGAUCCGAAAUUAUUCUGAUGUAAGCCGGUUCCCAAGUUUGUUACCCUAACCGAACCAAAAAACCGAAAAAAACAAAUCGAAACCCAAUCGAACUUUCUAAAUGUUCGAACGCAUAUCCUACAAUUAUAGAACCAAACCGAAAACCGAAUGUCCAUGGCUAGUUCUGCACGUUGCUCACGGAACUACCCUAAAAAAAUUAUAUAGGUAAAUUAUGAUAUCUGAAAAAAUAGAUAAGAAAAUAAAAGAUAAAUAAAACGAGCUGGUAGAAACCUAUUAUAUUCCCCAUGAAUUAGGAGCAAGAGUUUCGAUCAACCCUCCGGUAACCUAUUUCAAGGUUUUGAGUUUUUGAUGCUUAUACAAUUUUGCUUAGUCACGUUUGGUAACUUUUCUAUAAGAUGAUGAUCAUAAAUAAGAGCUUUGCAGGUACACUUGUAAAAUCUGGAGAGGCUAUGGCUCCCAAAAAGGUUGAAACUGGUGGUAGAGAUUUAAUCAGUAGCUUACCAGAUGAACUUCUGAGUGAGAUCCUAUCUUUGCUUCCAACUCAAACUGCUGGUUCACAACGUGAUUCUCCCAUUCACAAAUUCUCUUUGGAAUGGAAAUCUGAGAAAGCUCAGCAUCUUAUCUACCCUCUGAUCUACAAUGCCCUACAACGUGAAGUCUUGGAGCUACAUUUGAUAUCACCAAAACGUCAGUUCGUACCGUCUGAGUUGUUCUUUAGCAAGACACUGGUUAAGCUCACUCUAGCACUUGGAUGUUUUGCCCGAGAAACGACAACGUUCAGUGUGCUUUUCCCUGCGCUUAAAUCUCUUUCUCUCUUUUCAGUCAUGUUUGCUGCAUCUUCUGAAAUGUAUGGUGUCCUCCUCGCUAGCCCUUUGCUUGAGGAAAUUCACAUUUUCUAUGAUGGACCUUAUAGCUCGUUUUGGAUCAAACAGGUUUGGGGUUCAUCCAUCAAGAGGAUAACCAUUUUCUACCGUUCUUGUGAUCUAGAUGAUUCAUGUUUUAUCUUUAAGACCCCCAGUCUUGUGUUCCUUGACUACUCUAGUUACGUCGCACAGGAUUAUCUUGUUCAGUUUGAUGAUUCUCUUGUCGAAGCUAGAUUGGAUAUUCGGUUGUGGAAGUAUUAUGAUCAUGUCCUACCAUUACCUAUCUCAUUACAUCGCACAAGAUUAUCUUGUUCAGUUUGAUGUCUUUCUUCACAUUGUUUUCAUUCAUAACUACAUUUUUAUCAAU